AUGGUGCUCUCGCUCCUCGGCCUCCCGACGGGGCUCGCCGUCGUCGGACGCCACCCGGGCACGAGGAUCCCGUGGGCCAUCGCCCUGUGUGUCGCGUCCAACAUGGCGUACGUCGGCUUCUUCUCCAUGGGCCUCGGCCCCAUCGCGUGGGUUUACAGCUCCGAGAUCUUCCCGCAACGGCUGCGAGCCCUCGGCUGCGAGCUCGGCGUGGCCUGCAACCGCUUGGCGAGCGGCGUGGUCACCAUGACCUUUCUGUCCUUGUCGACGGCCAUCACCACCGGCGGCAGCUUCUUCCUCUACGCUGGCAUCACAAUGCUCGGUUGGGUGUUUUUGUUCGCCUACCUCCCGGAAACUCGAGGCCGGACGCUGGAGGAGAUGGGCACGCUGUUUGGCACCAUGGCCAACACGGGCACCGGAGCGGAUGGUGUGGACACGCCACUGCCGCCAGAUAGUACACAAGACACCAAGGCCUAG